AUGGCGCUGACAUCAAUCCCAAGUUUUUUCGUGAUUCAAUCCUCUGCUAGCAGUCUUUAUUUAUCUCCAAAUACCACAGAAAAAAGGCCAUCAGGUGUUCUGGAAUUCAGCGAAGCUCGUAUAUUUAGUCCGCUUGUAAAGUUCGCAGCGGAGCAAUCAAGAACGGGUGAUGCUUCCGUGGUACACAUAAGAUCUUGCUUCAACAAUAAGUAUUGGGUGCCACAUGAAGUUAGCAAAGGAGUAUUUGAGGUUGGCGUGUCCGCCAACAAACCACAGGAAGACACAACAGAUCCCGCAUGUACCGUGUUCCGUGUUUCUAUCCAUUCAGAUCCAGAUGGAACCUCGGGUUUUCGGUUUUUCCAUAUCCGUACGUCUCUGUACGCGCUGAACUUAUCGGGCGGAAUGGGGAUGAUCACCAAUCCUCCUAGUUAUUCUACUUUCCCUGCAGUUGACUGGGAAACGCUUGUGAUAUAUACUUCCUGA